GCGAGUCGGUGGCAGUGGGGACGCCCGACUGCCCAGCUGCUGCCGGGCCUGCCCUCUCCACGCCGUCGCGGGGCCGGCCGCUGCUCCGGCCCCAGGAUGCAGAAUGUGAUUAACACGGUGAAGGGAAAGGCCCUGGAAGUAGCUGAGUACCUGACGCCGGUCCUCAAGGAAUCGAAGUUUAAGGAAACAGGUGUCAUAACUCCAGAAGAGUUUGUGGCAGCUGGAGAUCAUUUAGUCCACCACUGUCCCACAUGGCAAUGGGCAACAGGGGAAGAAUUAAAAGUGAAGGCAUACCUACCAACAGGCAAACAAUUUUUGGUAACCAAAAAUGUGCCAUGUUACAAACGGUGCAAACAGAUGGAAUAUUCAGAUGAAUUGGAAGCUAUCAUAGAAGAAGAUGAUGGUGAUGGAGGAUGGGUAGAUACAUAUCACAACACAGGUAUUACAGGAAUAACUGAAGCAGUUAAGGAAAUUACACUGGAAAGCAAGGACAGUAUAAAACUCCAGGAUUGUUCAGCUCUAUGUGAAGAGGAAGAAGAGGAAGAUGAAGGGGAAGCUGCUGAUAUGGAAGAAUAUGAAGAGAGUGGAUUGUUGGAAACAGAUGAGGCUACUCUAGACACAAGAAAACUCGUAGAAGCUUGUAAAGCCAAAGCUGAUGCUGGAGGUGAAGAUGCUAUUUUGCAAACCAGAACUUAUGACCUUUACAUCACUUAUGAUAAAUAUUAUCAGACACCCCGGCUAUGGCUGUUUGGCUAUGAUGAGCAACGGCAGCCUUUAACAGUUGAACACAUGUAUGAAGAUAUUAGUCAAGAUCAUGUGAAGAAAACAGUGACUAUUGAAAAUCACCCUCAUCUCCCACCACCUCCUAUGUGUUCAGUUCAUCCAUGCAGGCAUGCUGAGGUGAUGAAGAAAAUCAUUGAGACUGUUGCAGAAGGAGGGGGAGAACUUGGUGUUCAUAUGUAUCUUCUAAUUUUUCUGAAAUUUGUACAAGCUGUCAUUCCAACAAUAGAAUAUGACUACACAAGACACUUCACCAUGUAAUGAAGAGAGCAUAGAAUUUAUCCUAAUUAUUGAUUCUGAUUUUUAAAGGAUUAACCCAUAGAUGUGACCAUUGACCAUAUUCACCAAUAUGUACAAUUUCUCUAAUAAAGGGACUUAUAUGUUUAUGCAUUAAAUAAAAAAAAGUUCCACUA